UACAAUGCAAUAACUAGACGUUGUCGUAAUUUUUCAUUUCGGUGCAGAAAUUUUCAGCUAAAAUUAAGUUUAUAGAAGUGCUUGAAAAUAUGUAAAAGUAAUGAAAAAUGCAAAAGAACCCAGCGAAUUGCUUUUGCUACGAUUCAAAACGAAGUUGAAAGAAAAUUGCUUUACGUGCACCGUCCGUUAAACGAAACUGUCGCCACCGCCAUUUGACCAUUUUCGGUUUGAUUCUCCAAUAGACAAUUGAGUAGGGGAUCAGUGCCGUGGCUGAAAAUUAUGUGAACACCCUUUAGUGAAAAAGAGAAUACUUUAAAAAGUAAACUCGAAUACUGUGUUGUACUCUGUGCGUGUGUGCUGAAAUCACGAAGAAAAAAAAUAUGCAUAAAGCGAAUCAGCUUGCUUUAAAAAAGAUACAGAUAAAAAACGAAAACGCUUAUAAAGGGCAUACUACUGCGUGUGGAAGGCAUUGAAACCGAUCGCCAUUGUUAGAGGUGGAAGCAAAAUCAAGGCAACAAAAAUAACAUCAGCGUAGCAUUCAUAUUCACAACGCUGGCAAACGCAAAGUAAAACCUCGCUUAGUUCGCUGAUCUUUUAACGAAGAUGGGUUUAUAUAAAAGUGUAUCGAUUUUAUGAUUUCAAGCCUUAUCGUCUUGAAAGAAAUUCUGCAGUAGCAUCAAAUUAAAUCCAAUCCAUACAAAGUCCACGAAGCAUAGAAGAAAUUCAAAAUGGGGGAGAACGUACAGUGUCCAGUAUGCACGCUAUUUCUGCAUGCUGGCAUGAACCUUUCCGAUCAUUUAGAGACGCAUCCUAAGGAACAAGUAAUUAAGGCUCUGGUGCAGAUGACAAUUUCGGGUAGUGGAGGCACUAUUGCGGGAACUGCGCUUGCGGCAUCCUUAAGUGGGGGUGGUGAAUCUAAAGCAGAUCCGGACGAAAAACCGAAGACGGAAACCAUUGUUGCGGAUGCAAAUGCAACCAGCAAUGCGACACCGAGCAAGCUAUCACCCUUUAUAUCUGCCGGGCCGACUCAGAACAACAGUCUGAACUUCACAGCUGCGUUUAGUGCAAUAUCAGCAAUAACUAAACCAUCGACAUCAUCCGCAGCCGCCUCCACUGCAACAGCGACCGUCGGGCCACCAGUUGAUACCGCUGCAAUCACAAAGGGCACUGGUGUGAAAGAUAUUGUGGAUGACAAGUCCGAAUGUGUUAAUAAUGGCAAAGAUAAAGUUAAGGUUUCACCCACAACUGUGGCCCCACUUAGCGCUGUCGGGCAAAUUCUUCCCGGCAAUUUUGAGGAAUUCUCUGCCAAUAGAUAUGGUAAAACACAGCAAAAACAAAUAUCACCAAGUCAAUUAGAACAACAACAGCAAAAGCAUCAGCAAAAUCAAAAUCAACAUGAUAUAGAUAGCGUGAGUGCAAGUCGCGCAAAUGCCCCACAACGCACUGCAUUAGCACCACCUCCUCCAACAGUGGUACCACUGCCUCUAGUGGUUGGCCAAAUACCGAACAAACUGCUACAUCCAUCACAUUCAGCCACACUAUUUGCAAGUAAUGUCACUACUCAUCGUCAGGUUCAAAUGCAUCCGAUUCAGCAGUCACAUCCACAUGUUCAAAAUCAGUUUCAACAACAGCAGCAAAGUCAUAAUCUGCAGCAGCAGAAUCUUAAAUUAUAUUAUUCUACAGCUUUGCCGACUCCACCGCCUACCCUCCAGCUUUUCCCCUUCCAUGCCACAACGCAAAUACAGCAUCAAAAACCACCGCCCGCGUAUGGCACUGCGAUAAGCCAAAUUCGAUCUCAACAUAACCAAAACAAAAAUAAGCAUCCAACAGGUGAUAAGAAUCAAGUGCACCAUCAUCAUCAGCAACAGCCACAGCCACAGCAAUUGCAGCAACAAUUGCAGCAGCUUCCACAACAAAUUCAACAGCCGACAAUGCAUCCGGCGCCAUUACAAACAAGAGCUCUAACAACGCUUCAAUUACACCACCGUAACCAACAACAGACACUUGCUAAUAUACCAACUUUAAACAUAAAACCUUCGAUUCUACCGAAACCAACCGAACUGCUACCACCGCCUCCACCACCAACACGCACAUCUAACAAUUUGCAGCAGCUCCAUCAACACUUGCCACAUUCGAUGUCAACUUUCGUCCAUUCGAUGAAAGCGUCGCCAGCUGUGCAUCAACGAGGUGCUACAGCUGGUUCUGAGCACAGUGCUAUGGCCAGUGUCACUACACUAACUCAGGCGCAUUCUUCAAAUACGGUCUCCCAUGCUACUGCAGGGCCUGCCAUUAUAGCCAUUGCAUCAGCUGGUGGCAUUAGGCAAGUAUCUUCACCCUAUAAUUCAUUGAUGACAGCGGCACAAUCUCCUUCAUCAUCAGUGUUGCGUUACGCUGAAUCGCCAGUAGCGCACUAUUUAGAGCGCGACAAUGGUGAUUUUAUCGUUCAGGAAACACCGAAACACAUUGUCGAGUGCGUGGAGAAGGAUAAUGGUGAGUUUUCGGUGAUCGAGCGUAUAUAUCAGUCACCGUUAAGUGUGUUACACAUACACGAGGAUAACGAAAAAGAUGACGAAGGUGGGGAUAACGACGAAAGCGAUAUAAAAGACAACGACAAAAAGAAGGUACAAACAAUCCCCGAGCAAACGGAAGGAAGUGAAGUUGAAACAAUGGAUAUUGAAUGCCCUGGAAGUCCCACAGAAACCAUAAAAUCGGGCGAAGAAGACAAAUGUGAGCAGUCUGCUUCAGACAGGAGUCCUCAGGUAAAUAAUGCAGAAACUAGUGUCGACAAUAGCACAGCUGAAGGGAAUGUAGAGACAAAAGGAUAUACUAGCGAAAGGUCAUCUGCAAGCCCCAGCAAUGGCAGUAACAGUAAUGCAAAUAGCGAUACAGGCACACCAUUACAUAGUGCGUCCGUUGAUUCUCUCAAUACAGAAAUAAUCAACGAUCCCAUUGCUGUUUCGAGUUCCAGUUCAAAUAUUAACACCGAAUCCAAUGUGGUGCCCAGUUCUUCAUCAAGCUCCAACCAAAGUCCUAAUUCUGCCGGAACAUCGCGUAAGCGCAGUUCAAAGAAUACUAUAACAGUGCUGAGCGACGUGCAGUUAAAUUUGGAUGAAUAUCUCGAUCUUGUUGGCAAUAUAAUAGCAUCUAGUAAAAUUACAGCGAAGAGCAGUGCAUUAUCGGGUGCCAUGCCGAUACCUUUGCUGAAAGUUGAAAAAGAGGAGCCGAUUGAUGAUGACUACGAAAUUAAUAAUCAACCACCGGAUCAGCAUAAGUUCGACGAACUUAAGGAUGGAUAUUUUAACGAAGAAAACCAGAUUAAUGAGUUUCCCGAAUCAACUGUAAUCGAACCACCUACAACCGCCAACAAAAAUGAGACUGAAAAAAUAGUUGAAAAUAAUUGUAGUAGCAAUAAAGUUAGAAUAAAUGACAGUGACAAUGAUACAAAGGCUGCCAGUUCCACAAUGCCACAGAUGCAAAGUGCGAAUACAAGUGCUCUAACAUCCACGUCGGCUACAGGACCAUCAACAGCAACGUGCUCCAGUCAUGUAACCAGUGUUAUACGCAUGGCAACAACUAGUCAGCAACAACAGCCGCAAAAAGAAUUACCGCAAUCAGCUGUGGACUUUUCGGCGGUAAUAGAAAAAAAAUCUCAAAAAUUGUAUGCAGAACUAGCUACUUCUUCAAACAAAACGCAAGUUACAUCAAUAAUAAUUCAGGAUUUGUCGCGGCAACAUUUUAUACAAUUACAAGAGGAGCAACAGGCGCAUAAAGACGAACAUCAGCAACAGCAGCAAUUAGUUAAUGUACAGCCUGAAUCAGAUUCACAGGCUGAGCUGGACACACAAGCUCCUCCCUUGAGUUCACUGCCAGUGCAGAAAAGAGGCCCAAAGAAGCUGGUUAUCAAGCCAAAAGUAACAAAGACUGAUGCAAAUGCUAACCUCAACCAAAACAACAAAAGCAACAUCACCCAAACCCAAAAUAUAAAUAGGGACUUUAAGGAAGUAAAACUCCAAGUUCUUACAGAAGAAGCACUAUGCGAACAACCGACAACCUCAUCCAAAGCAAGAAUGGAAUUGGAGGAGAAGAUACAGCAACAACAUAAAGAACAGCAAAUGACACAUACAAUAGCACACAAAUUAAUAAAAAGUGAGCCAAACACAUCAGUUUACGAAGCGAAUAUAAACAGGGUCUGCAUUAAAGGAAACACGUUGGGCCAUAGCAUAUUGGAGAAUCAUUUAAACUCCAGUUCUAAUAAUUGUGAAACCAUCAUUCAAUGUAAGACCGAACAGGAGCCGCAAGCAAGCUCUCUGCAGCUGCUCAAAGAGGAAACAAAAGAGAUCACCAAUUCCAAUGACAAUGAUGAUGCCCGUGUUCUGUUGGAUUUUGCAAAUUCAAAGAAACGAGAACCCACACAUACGAGCGUGGCUAAUUUUCUCUCUGCCACUUCAAUUUUCUCUAAUACUUCGAGUACUAUGAAUGAGAAGAAACCGACGACGGGUCUCACUAUUACCAAUACAAAUAGCACCGAAUCACAUGCCGCCUUGCGUUGCGAAGACGAAUUUAUAGCCCAUGACGAUGUGCAAGAGAUCGUAGUUUCAUCAUCAUAUUCACAAUCACAAUCGGCUUCAGAUGUACCUACCACUGCAACCAAUAGCACGACCACAUCUAAUGCUAAGGAUUUAAUUACUGUUCAACAACAACAACAGCAGCAACAACAACAACAUCAACACCAGCAACAGCAGCAUCAACUCAAUCACAACUUCACCGAUUAUCCAUUUAGCUUUCUAUAUGGCAACGGUGGUGGUGUAGCUGCUGGUGUACAGCAGACGGAUGCAAAAGGAGGUAAUUUCUCAGCCAUAUAUCAACAGGCGACACAGGACGCUACCACAGCUGCAACACUUGCAUCCGGCAGCAACACCGUGCACACAGAUGAAUCCACCAGUUCAACUCAACAGCAACAAGCACAUACUAAUCGCUUUGGGAGCGUACGUGGCGGUAGUGGCGAUAUAGGAAAUAAUGCUUCACACUGGUACCAUCAUGCAAUGGCCACGGCAAAUGCUGAUUUCGAAACAGCUUUGGGGGUCGAUUGCAAUGCCGCCGUAGAUGGUGGUGACGUAGGCAAAUACUUGGAUCUGGAUACUUGUAAGCGAGAAAUUGUAGUUGGCAUGCCUGGCGCACCAUCUUCGACCUCGUCCUCUUUCGCUGCUGCCACAGAGAGCAGCUUGGCUGGUGGUUGCACUACAGAUGCACUGAAUAUACGUACUGAUGAAAAGAUGCCGGCAAAGGGUGAGAUUUCUGGACAGGAAAGCAAUUGCGACAUCGAGAACUCUUGGAGUCAGCCGAUGUAUGGUGAACUUUCUGCGCGAUUUUUCAAAACCACCUUUCCCGGGAUAUUUCAACAUGAAAAUGGUUGGAAUCACGAUGAGUACUUUACCGUACAGGAUUUGAGCGCUUCAGCUGCUGCAACAGGAAAUGCCACCUCUUCGAACCGUUCAGGCAAAAGCUUUGAUUUUCGUCUCCCUCUGGAAGCAUCUACCUCAGCGGCAGCAAAUGGUAAUAAUAACUUCCAACUUUUCGCGCGGCAUGCUGAUGCUUUACCCUCCACUUCAUCAACUAAUAAAAAGAAACGUAAACGCGAUAGUAAUGCCAGGGCUGACAAAACGGGACUAUCACGCAUGCAGCCAACCGCUACAAUAACAUCACAACAGUUAUUGUUACACCAACAGCAGCAGCAACAACAGCAACUGCAGGCACCUGAGCAGUUGCAACACUUACAGCAUAGUGAUAAUAUUGCAACGUCUACAGCACUUAUGAUGGGUGGGACUACGGCCUCCGAUGGUACAGCUGCUGCCAACGCUACUACUUCGUUGAGUGCAGAUCAGAGACGACAACGCAAGAAAGUAUAUCAGUGCACACAUUGCACAGCCGAGUUCCCCAAGCUUAAGGAUCGUAAUUCCCAUAUGAUAACACAACAUAAUUAUGUGCGUCAAAAUCGACGACUGAUUUGUGUCCAACGUCCGGCUACGAUAGCGCCAACAGGUGCGGCUGUUCCUUCUUCAUCCGACACAAUUGCUGGUGGUGUCGACAAUGUUGUUGUUGUAAAUAUGGCAGAUGGUUACAAUAGUUCGGUUGUUCGUUCAGAUAGCAUGGAAUUCCUGGAGGAUUCCAAACAAGACAUUGUCAAAAUUGAAGUGGACAAUGUAUACCAACCAUUAACUUCUGCUAACGCUCCUGUGGUGACGGCUGCAUCCACAUCUGGCAGUGGUGAGGGCAUCGAUUCUAAGCCAGAACUUUUGGACAAAAAGCCAAGCUUAGCACUGUUGCCAGCAAGCAGUUCAAAUGCAAACGAUGCAGGUGAUGGCGUCGGAGACGCAGUUGACACAAAACCCGCACUGCAACCGCUGGCGAUGACUACACCAGCCGCAAAAUUGGCUGCGCUCUACCGUAUGCUGGUAUCCUAUAACAUUUCAACAUUGAAAGACAGUCAUAACCUUAGUGAGUUGGAGCAGAAAGUGAUUGAGCAAUCGAUAUUUUUCUGUUACGUGUGCCGUCGUAAUUUCACGUCGGUCAAAUUAUAUGAUGCUCAUCUGAGUGAACAUCCCGCCGAAUGUUUCACUUGUGGAAAAACGUUUCAGCGUUGGAAGAAUUUCUCACUACAUUUGAAACGCCAUUUGGGCUGGAAAGAGUUCGGUUGCAAUGUGUGUGACAAAAAGUUUGUGGUGCGUAGCGCGUUGGUGGAACAUAUGCGUAUGCAUACUGGACACACGCCACUCAAGUGUAAAGUAUGCGGCAAGUACUUUAAGCGCUACUCGAAUUUAACGCAACAUCGUAAACGUCAUGGCAAGCAGAUCAUAAGGAAAAAGGAAUAUGUGUGUCAUUGUGGGGAAGUGUUGCCUUCGAAGGCGCGAUUCCUUUGGCAUAAGGAAACACACGACGCUAAACCGAAAUGUUGCCCAUACUGUUGUGAUCGUUUCGUGCAUGCGAACUCCUUGCGCCGCCACAUCCGCUUAGCACACUCUGAUAAAUUUGACUAUACUGAACCGAUGGAGUGUCCUUUAUGCAAGCAAACAUUUGCAAAGUCUUCCAUCAAGGCGCACAUGGCCACACAUUCGAUGGACACACAACAUGACUGCCCAAUUUGCAGCAAAUCGUUUUCCACCAAAUGGAAUUUGAAAAUUCAUUCUUGGGUACAUGCCAAUCGCACCGCGAAACCAUUCAAAUGCGAGCACUGCCCCAAGGCGUUUGUACGCGAGGUGGAUUUCAAGAAUCACAUGAACGCACACAAACAAAUUAAACCGUACACAUGUGAAUAUUGUGGCUGCAAGUUCAUACGGAAAUACAACUAUAUGCGGCAUCGACGUGAGCAUCACGGCAACAAGAAGUUCACCUGUGACCUGUGCAAAAAGUCCUUCCAUCGGCAUUAUUAUCUCAUCGAACAUCGACGCAUACAUACCGGCGAACGGCCAUUUCAAUGCACCAUAUGCGGAAAAAGUUCCACAACGAAAACCAAUCACAACAAACAUUUGAAAAUACAUCACUCGCGUGAUCCCUUCACCGUUGAAGCGUAAGCGAAUGUAUGCAAAUAGUAUUGGAUCAAUCAUGAUUUUAGGGUUAAAGAAGAGCAACAUUUGAAAUGCAUUCAAAUAAUAGCACUUAAUAAGCGAUGAGUAAGCGCGUCGUUUAGAGGCCAGCAGCGAGCAAUUGGCGAAUCAUAAAAGAAUUUUUUUCUCUUAAUCUAUUCGUGUAUGUGUGUGUAAUUUAAAUGAGUAUUAUAAACAUUACUGAAUUACUGAAUAACGAAUUAAUGCGGUAAGUAGUUGUUAAGGCUAAAAUUUAUGUGCUGAAACUAGUUGGCAAAGUGUUGAAGCAAUGCAUAAAUAUGAAUGUGUAUGCCAUUUUCAGAUGGAACUCGUUUUAGAUAAGUAUCAUUACGUCAUUGCGUGCAAACCUUUCAAUUGGAAAUUGCAUAUGUACUAAUACUAAAUGUUGGCAACAAUUGAUGUACAUACAUAUUACUAAUUUACUAAAGUUUUCAUAUAUUAUUGAUUUAUCUAAAAAUUUGAAGUUGACAUUUUUAAACCAGCCUUUGCUUCUGGCUCAUAACUGAUUGAGAAAAAUUUCGGCUCUUAAAAAUUUGUUUAUUCGGUUGGCUAGGGAAAUAGGUUUUCAAAACUAAUAGGCACUUA